AUGGUGACCAUGAUGAUGAUGGGGAUGGUGAUGACAAUGACGUUGAUGAUGGCAGCUGGGAUUUGCCUCGGAGUUUGGGGGAGGGUCUCCUCCGCCCCCGACUCGGUGGACCGAUGGGAACUACAUUACCCAGGAGAUUGUGUGCGGACCGGCCUUGUUCUCCACACUAGUGAUGGACCCGAACAGGGGCUCUUCCGGGAUUGUGAACUAGGAGUGGGCGGGACUUCCGGCUCCUUCCUGAAGGAGGUCGUUUGGCUGCUUUUGCUGCCGUCUGAAGGACCCGAGGCUCAGGAUCUCUCGGUGGAGCCGAGCUUAGAGAAACUGGAAAGAACCCGAGGGGUGCCGUCCACACUGCCCAGGAGUGAGCGGGUUGCGGAACCCACUUCCGGGAUUUUCGGCCUAGGUCUCCGCCAUUAUCCUGCGCGUCUCCUGGCACCACCGCGCCCACAGGGUCCUAUGUCAACCAACGCGGUGCAGGACCCGGCCCAGGUUCCCAUGGAAGCAGCAGCAUUUAUGGCCCCUGGACAGGGCCAUGUGAUCUUUGAGGAUGUGGCUGUGUCCUUCUCCCAGGAGGAGUGGGGUCUCCUUAACAAUGCUCAGAGACUCCUGUACUGUGACGUGAUGCUGGAGAACCUGUCACUUAUAGCCUCCCUGGGUUGUUGGCAUGGAGUAGAAGCUGAGGAGGCCGUUUCUGAACAAUGUGUUUCUGUAGAACAAGUGACGGAAAACAGGAAUCCAAAGCUGGAGCCAUCUAUCCUGAAGACUCUUACUUCUGUUACGAGUGUCCUGGUGGAGAAAGAUGUUUUGUACUUGGCUGACAAUAUGUUCACGUGCGGAGAGGUUGAGAAGGCUUUCCUAGGCAGCUUGGGCUUUCCCCAGCACCAGCCCUCCCAUGAUGGAGAGCAUCCACAUAGAAGCAGGCAGAGCAGGGAGGUCUCUCACCCUGGGCAAGGGCAUCACAAGUGCAGCGAAUGUGGUAAAGCCUUCAGUAAAAAGUUUAAAUUCAUGGAGCACCUGAGAGUUCACACUGGAGAAAAACCUUAUGAGUGCAGUGACUGCGGGAAGUUCUUUAGACACAGCUCCAGUCUUAUUCAUCAUCGGAAAGUUCACACAGGAGAAAGGCCUUAUGAAUGCUGUAAUUGUGGGAAAGUCUUUGCCCACAAAUAUAAACUUUUUGAGCACCAGAGAAUCCACACUGGAAAAAGACCAUAUGAGUGUAAUGAAUGUGGGAAAGCCUUCCUUCGCAAGGAUUCACUUGUUCAGCACCAAAAAAUCCACACUGGAGAAAAUCCUCAUAAGUGCGGUGAAUGUGGAAAGUGCUUCCUGUACAAAAAUAACCUUCUUGUGCACCAGAGGAUCCACAGUGGAGAAAGGCCUUAUGGGUGUAGCAAAUGUGGAAAGUCCUUUGUCUUCAAAAAAAGGCUUCUUUAUCACCAGCGAAUCCACACUGGAGAAAGGCCUUACAUGUGCAGUGAAUGUGGGAAAGCCUAUGUCUACAAAGGAAGUCUUAUUGUGCAUAAGAGAAUUCACACUUUAGAGAAGGCUUAUGGGUGUAACAAAUGUGGGAAAUUCUUUACAAGCAGUUUUGCCCUCAAUAGACAUGAGAAUGUUCACACUGCACAAAGGUGUUAUGAGUGCAGCGAAUGUGGGAAAGCUCUCAACAGCAAAGUUAAACUUGCUGAGCACCAGAGAAUCCAUACUGGAGAAAGACCCUAUAAGUGUAAUGAAUGUGAGAAAGCCUUCAUGCGCAAGUAUACACUUGUUCAGCACCAAAAAGUCCACACUGGAGUAAAGCCUUUUAAAUGCAGUGAAUGUGGGAAGCCCUUCACUUACAAAACAAGUCUUGUUGUCCACCAGAGAAUCCACACUGGAGAAAGGCCUUAUAUGUGCAGUGAAUGUGGGGAAGUCUUUGUCUACAGAAGAAGUCUUGUUGUCCAUCAGAGAAUCCACACUAGAGAAAAGCCUUAUGAAUGUAGUUCUUUGUAAGCAGCUCCAAGCUCACAAAAAACAAAGUUCACACUGGGGCAAUGCCUUCUGGACUUAUGCUUUCCUUCACUUGAGUUAAUAUCUAGCAGCACAACUCCUAUGUAGUAGAGUAGGUGAAUGUAUACCUUAUAUGUGGCCAGUCAAACUUUUCUAAAAUGGGAGUACCUUUUUAUAGUCUCACGAGAAGCAGCAGAACAUGAGUUCCUGUUUUUUACAUUUUUACCAACACUUGGUAUGUUCAGGCUUUCUAAUUUCAGUGAUGUCAUAGGUGUAUCUAGUGAUUUUAACUAACAUUUCCCUAUUGACACAAUGUGAGUGGUUUUCCAUGUGUUAAUUUCCAACCAUAUUUCUUUUUUUCUUUUUAGUUUUUAUUGGAGUAUAGUUAAUUUACAAUGCUGUGUUUCAGGUGUACAGCAAAGUGAAUCAGACAGCCAUAUUUCUUUUUGAAAUUUCUGUUCAUAUAAUUUUGUCAUCUUAAUUACUGAGUUUUGAUGUUUCUUCAUGGAUUAUUGAUUAAGGUCCUCUAAUGGAAAUAUUUACCAAUAUUCUUCCAGACUUGUUCUUCUCAUUUUAGUCACUUUUCCAGAGAAAGACUUUAUUUUUUUGGGGGGGGGGGUGGUUUUGGACAUGCUGUGGCAUGCAGGAUCUUACUUCCCCAACCAGGGAUUGAACCUGUGCCCCCUGCCGGGGAAGCACAGAGUCCUAAUCACUGGAUCUCCAGGGAAUUCCUCAGUAUGAAGCUCAGAAUCCACUUUUCAAUUUGUGCAUCACAAAAACAUCCUACUAGAAUUUUGACUGGGAUUGCAUUUAAUCUUCAAUUUAGAAAGAAAUACUGAGUGUCCCAAUCUAUAAACUUGAUAGAUCUCCUUUUAUUUAGAUCUUGCUUAAUUUUUAUUAGCAGUCUUUUUUAGUUUUCUGUUUGUAGGUCUUACACAUCUUCAGGUAUUUUCUACAUCUUAUUGUGAAAGGGAAUUUUAAAAAAUCUUCAAUUUAUGAAUUGUUCAUACCUAUUACACUUAGAGAGAUAUAAAACUAAGGACAGAAGUGAUCUUUCUUUUUUUGGGGGGGGGGGGGCAACGUGUGGGACCUCAGUUCCCUGGCCAGGAAUUGAACCUGGGCCAUGGCAGCAAAAGACCGGAAUCCUAACCACUAGGCCACCACGGAACUCCCUAGUAGUGAUCCUUCUUAAUCUUAUAAAUAACAUCUACAAAGAGCUAUUAGAAAUACUAUCCCUUUGAACCAUUAUUAAAGUAUUCCCAUUAGAAUAAAAGGAGGACAGCUGCUCUUUGUUCUCUUAUUCAGUAUCAUCCUGGAGUUCCAAUUUCAUUCAAUACAACAACAAAAAUAUACGGCAAAAUAAUGAAUAUUUAGCAAUUGGAAAGGAAGAAAUAAACCACCUAAAAUAUGUCCACAGUUUUCAUCUUCACUAUGAGUCCAAAUAUGGACACUCAGUUUAGUGUCUGGACCCAUCAUAAACUCCUAAUUUUUUCGUCACCUAUUUGCUGCCCUUCUUACUUUCUUAGAACCCAUUACCUUCUAUUACACUAUGCAACUUAAUAUCAUAGAUGAACUGCUUAUUGUAUAUUUCUAUCAAAUACAGACUAAGUUCCAGUAGGGGAAUAUGUAUUUACAUGUUGUACACUGAUAUAUUUCAUAUUCCUAGAAACAUGUCUGAAACACCUAUGGUACAUAUUGAUGUCUUGAAAUACAUAACAAAAUGACAACGCUCAUUUAACAUUCAAUUGCACAACUGUGGGUAUACUUUCUAACUCUCCUUACCCUGCCUUUCUCCUCACCCUGCCUUUUCCUUCAGUUUCGCUACCCUCAAAAUGCUCUGAGUUAUGGGACAAAUCAUAUUUUGCAAAAAGCCUUUAAAUCAACUAAAAAGUCCCAAUAGUUAUUUUAUUGGCUUCCUUCUCUUAUUAGAUCUCAGAGGAGUUUUUUUUCUCACAUUCCAUUGGGAGUUUGAUUGUUUAUUUCAAAAACAGGUUUUCCGCCAUCAAUUUCUGCCACUCCCGAUGCAUAUCUAUCUUUUUUUUUUUUUUUUUUGGCUGUGCGACAUGCAGGAUAUUAUUUCCCCAACCAGGGAUUGAACCCACUCUCCUUGCAGUGGAAACGCGGAGUUUUCACCCCUGGAUCACCAGGGAAAUCCUGAUAUCUAUCUCAUUAAGCACUUUUAAUAGCUCUUGGUAGUUACACAGUCCCAAAUGUUUUUCAGAGUUUGUCUCCUCUCUGUCUGCAGACACUGUCAGUGCACUUACAGGUGAUGUGGUAAUCACCUCCAAGAGCAGAUGACAUCGUUGGGUUCUAAACAUUUAUCUCGGGCUUUUGUGUCCCCAUUGCAGACUCUCAGUUUCUGCCACGGCAGUCCUUGUUACAGGAGCAAAUACACAUUUGGUAAGUAUCUCUUCAGGUAUCUGAUUCUUAGAAAACAUUUAUGUCAGGAAACCCAACAAUAACUAUUCUUAAAAUAAAUUUCACUUCCUGAGGUCAGGACAGUAAAAAAGGAACCACCUUAAGGUUAUAUAUAUAGAUACAUAGAUAUAGACAGACAAGAACAAAGCCAUAAAAUCAGGAAAGGCAUUUGCUGAGGAAACCAGAGGAAUGUUGCCCCUCAUCAACGUACAUCAGGAGUGCCUGACACUUCACCUUUCUCCUCAGUUGCAUUGUUUUGAAACUUGUCUCACUGGCUUCUCACUAAACACACUGACCAUAAACAGGGUUCACUGUAGAGGCUUCAAGAUAAGGUAGGUUGUGAGUAAUAAGAUGAAGAAGAUGAGUUCCUACUCUGAGUAGAGGCCUAGUGUCUGUGUGGUAUCUGCUGAUGAGGGGCAUGUUGUGUCAUGGAGACUUUAAUGAUGUGUCUCUAAAUUUUUAUCCUUGGCAGAAGGCUGUUCAUUGCAUCUCAAGUACUUAGAUGUCCUCUUUAUCAGUAAUCGCCACUCUCUACCCUCCUAGGGCCUUGGCUUCCAUUCCUCACCUAUAAAAAUGGAUCCAUUCUUCUGUCAUCUAUCUAUCGUCUACCUCUAUAUCCUCUUUACUUUAUUGUGAUUUCAUCUCAAAGACAUAAUUUUUUUAAAAGAUUUUCUUGGUUUGAUGUGGACCAUUUUUAAAGUCUUUAUUG